AAUUCUCAAAACGGAUGAUGUCUGAAAAUUAAGUGAUAAAACAUUAUACAGCUAUAAUACUUUUAAUAUGACUGACGGUCUAGGGAUUAUCACUUGGUGGGGUUUUAGCCCUGCCAUCGAUUUGCAAGAAAAAGGUAUUCUUGAAACAGUUGAGAAGUUGAGUUUGAAAGAAGAAUCAUACCCAGAUGAAGUUAAUAUGUUACUAGUUGGAGCUGGGGAUAUUCGCCAUGUUUUAAAAACAGUUGCUCAGCGAGGUCGACACAAACGAAGAAAGAUAAAUUUUUAUGUUGUGGAGACAGCACUAGAACUGUAUGCUCGAGAUAUGCUCUUUAUGGCAAUAGCACUGGAGCCACAAUCACGGAUGGGUCUUCAAGAGAAAAUGGAACUUGUCCUUGAAUUGUAUGGGAAUAUUCUUGUGAGGAAUCAGUCUGUGCAUUAUGUCCAGAAAAUGGCAAUUUUAUUUAUAAAAAUGGUGACAGAUUCAGACUACUUGAAAGAUAAAUUACCUCUUGUGGACUUGUCACAGCUGAAGUUCAAAGAAAGGGAUUUCCUGGAAAAUAUAUUCAAGAUGUGGAGAUCACCAGAAAAACCUGUGUUUGAUGCAGAGAAGUGUUGGGAUCUAAGACUGCGUCAGUAUUUGGGGACGAGAUACGACUAUCGCAUGAAUGCCUUUGAUUGGGACUAUCACAUGAAACUCUGUGAGCGAGGUGGAGACAUCAUUCGGAAGUUUGAGUAUCAGAGAUGGAGAAACACUGGGGUUGCGUUUGAGAUCCGAGAAGGAACCUAUGACGUUCCCAACAAAACUCUGGCUUCCCUAAGGAUUUUUAAUCAGUCUGGAGAACACCAUGCGCGUCGUGGGUUCUGGGGAGAUGUCGUGAUUGGUCCGUUCAUCACAAUGGGUCUCGAGACCACGAAAAAGUCGUUUUAUAAGAAACAAAAUGAUAUCUAUGUCAAGACAGCAGAAGAUAUAUCUGGCUUCAACGUGAUCUCCAUGUUCCACGAGAUUGCCACCGGUCAUGAAUAUGAGCUACCCAAGGUGGUAGAGGAUUCUGAACCUGGUGCCAAACUUACAGAAAUUACAGAAGAAAAUGAGCAAGAAGAUGAAGGGAAUAAACAAGAAAAUGACAAAGAAGGUGAUAGUAAUAAAGAAAAGAAGGAGAAAGAACCUGAAAAGAAGAAUGAAGAAAAUGGUGUCAAAGAACAAGUGUCAUCUGAAGACAACAUACCAACAGCGCCUUUAGAUUUAGAAUAUGAACCUCUUCCUGUGGAUGAUGUGAAAAUUAUAUUCCUUCCGGUGGCGUGUCUUCAGGAUAUUGUGAAAAAGAAGAAAUAUGAAAAACUGUUCCAUCUGGUAUACUUCUCAAACAGCAUGGUACAUCACUUGAAGCCAGAGAUAACAGCAAUGUUUGCAAAUCAGAGCACAGUAAUCCUUGAGACUGUCAGGUUUAUGCUUGACCUGAAACCGGAACAAUUAGAAGAAUUUGUGAAAAAGACAAAAGACUUAGCUGAAGCAGCUGGAUGCAAGGUGCUGGAAGAAUGCAAUGGGAAAACAGACAACUUUUCAACAUUUGUAUAUCAGAUGAAUGCAGCAUCUUGACAACUGCUCUCCUGUGAUAUAAUUACAAUAGAAUAAAACCUGGAUGAUCAACAUAAAACCACACAUUCUUUCAAUGUUUUUUCAGGGUUAAUGGUGUCUCAGAAUUAAUUUUACAGUUAAACCAGUAUUAAGCAAGAAGCACUGGGAGUUUCUGUUGAUUGUGUCUGAAGAUAGCUACUUAAUACAAAUCCAAUUGUACACUAUAUGACAAUACAUGUGGUUCCUUAAUAAUGGUGGAACCUUUAGCAGAUCAAAUAUUGGUAAAUAUCAGUGCCAUUUUUUGUCUAAAAUAUUUGGGGGCUAGUGGGGCAGAAUUAACAAAUAAAUAAUAAUCAAGACUGUAAUAUACGGUCUUUUCCAACUAGGCAAAGAAGGGCGGUAUUAAAUUUAAAGUGGAUUUUAAGAAAAAUAUUCUUGGUGUUGCAACUGGCUUCCAUGCCCCCACUACGUAAAAUCCUGAAUGUGUGUCAAACAGAACAGGCAAUGGGAAGGGGAUAUUUUAUUUUAUUUUUUAUUUUUGUGUGGGGUUUUUUCCAAUCCAAUUCUGUGUUAUCAUUGUGUCUUGUUUGGUUAACAUGAUGACCCAAAACAUUCCAUCCUGUAAGUUAAUAACUAACUGACGGACCUUUUGUCAGUUGGCUUCUGUAAUGUUAUUGUGACUUGCUGUUUGGUUAGUAUUAUUUUAUGAAACAUUCUGUCCAAUCAGCCAUUGUGCAAGCUGUUUCCUAUUUGAUAUAAUAUAUUGUGAAUUUAUUUCAUAUUUUUAGAACAUUCCAUACUUACAGUCAUCAUGUUAAUAUAUUCUUUUCAUUCAUCAUAAAAAAAUGUGUUGGAAGAAGAUGUAAUAACUGCAGAAAACAAUAAUGGCAGACUAUAUUAGUCAAUUGUAGUGUUGUUAUUGUAACUUGUUUGGUUAACAUAAUAAUAUUGUUAAGACAUUCCGUCCAUUCACAAACUAAUAAAGAAGAUAACUAGACA